CCUUGGGAUGUGCUGAUGAAUACAGUAAAAUCCCUGUUCUUUUGGUGCUUACAUUCUACUAGGGGAGAUAAUAAUACGAGAGGGUUAAAUCCACCACACAGGGUGAAAUCUAUCUCCAUGACAACAUUCACACAACAGGAAAUUGAAUUUCUGCAAAAACAUGGAAAUGAAGUCUGUAAACAGAUUUGGCUAGGAUUAUUUGAUGAUAGAUCUUCAGCAAUUCCAGACUUCAGGGAUCCACAAAAAGUGAAAGAGUUCCUACAAGAAAAGUAUGAAAAGAAAAGAUGGUACGUCCCUCCAGAACAAGCCAAAGUGGUGGCGUCAGUUCAUGCAUCUAUUUCAGGGUCCUCUGCCAGUAGCACAAGCAGCACACCUGAGGUCAAACCACUGAAGUCUCUCUUAGGAGAUUCAGCACCAGCACUGCACUUAAAUAAGGGCACACCUAGUCAGUCUCCAGUUGUAGGUCGCUCUCAAGGGCAGCAGCAGGAAAAGAAGCAGUUUGACCUUUUAAGUGAUCUUGGCUCAGACAUCUUUGCUGCUCCAGCACCUCAGUCAACAGCUACAGCCAAUUUUGCUAACUUUGCACAUUUCAACAGUCACGCAGCUCAGAAUUCUGCAAAUGCAGAUUUUGCAAACUUUGAUGCAUUUGGACAGUCUAGUGGUUCGAGUAAUUUUGGAGGUUUCCCCACAGCGAGUCACUCUCCUUUUCAGCCCCAAACUACAGGUGGAAGUGCUGGAUCAGUAAAUGCUAAUUUUGCUCAUUUUGAUAACUUCCCCAAAUCCUCCAGUGCUGAUUUUGGAACCUUCAAUACUUCCCAGAGUCAUCAAACAGCAUCAGCUAUUAGUAAAGUUUCAACGAACAAAGCUGGUCUACAGACUACAGACAAAUAUGCAGCACUUGCUAAUUUAGACAAUAUCUUCAGUGCUGGGCAAGGUGGUGAUCAGGGGAGUGGCUUUGGGACCGCAGGUAAAGCUCCUGUUGGUUCUGUGGUUUCAGUUCCCAGUCAGUCAAGUGCAUCCUCAGACAAAUAUGCAGCCCUGGCAGAACUGGACAGCGUUUUCAGCUCUGCAGCCACUUCCAGUAACGCAUAUACUUCCACAAGUAAUGCCAGCAGCAGUGUUUUCGGAACAGUGCCAGUGGGUGCUUCGGCACAGACACAGCCCGCUUCUUCCAGUGUGCCUGCUCCCUUUGGAGCUACGCCUUCCACAAAUCCAUUUGUUGCUGCUGCUGGUCCUUCUGUGGCAUCUUCUACAAAUCCAUUUCAGACCAAUGCCAGAGGAGCAACAGCCGCGACCUUUGGCACCGCCUCCAUGAGCAUGCCCGCGGGCUUCGGGACUCCCGCUUCCUACAGUCUUCCCACCAGCUUCAGCGGCAGCUUCCAGCAGCCUGCCUUCCCAGCCCAAGCCGCUUUCCCUCAACAGACAGCUUUUUCUCAACAGCCCAAUGGUGCAGGUUUUGCAGCAUUUGGACAAACAAAGCCAGUGGUAACCCCUUUUGGUCAAGUUGCAGCUGCUGGAGUAUCUAGUAAUCCCUUUAUGACUGGUGCACCAACAGGACAGUUUCCAACAGGAAGCUCAUCAACCAAUCCUUUCUUAUAGCCUUAUAUAGACACUUUACUGGAACGAACUUUUACGUGGUCGCAUUACAUCUCUCCGCCUCUUGCACUGUUGUCUUGUUUCACUGAUCUGAGCUUUAAACACAAGAGAAGUCUUUAAAAAGCCUGCAUUGUGUAUCAAACACCAGGUAAUAUGUGCAAAACAGAGGGCUCCAGUAACAACUUGUAACCUGUGAAUUGGCAGAAAAAGGUAGCGGUAUCAUGUAUAUUAAAAAUUGGCUAAUAUUAAGUUAUUGCAGAUGCCACAUUCAUUAUGCUGCAGUACUGUACAUAUUUUUCUUAGAAAUUAGCUGUUUGUGCAUAUCAGUAUUUGUAACUUUAACACAUUGUUCUGUGAGAAAUGUUACUGGGGAAAUAGAUCAGCCACUUCUAAGGUGCUGUCAUAUAUCUUGGAAUGAACGACCUAAAAUCAUUUUAACCAUUGCUACUGCAAAGUUACAAAGUCAAAAUUGGAAGGUUUUAUUCAUUCUUGAAUUUUCCUUUCUAAAGAGCUCUUCUAUUUAUACAUACCUAAAUUCUUUAAAAAUGUAGAGGGAUACCUGUCUGCAUAAUAAAGCUGAUCAUGUUUUGCUACAGUUUGCAGGUGAAAAAAAUAAAUAUUAGAAAAUAUGCUAUUGUUUUUGUGUUCUUGCUGCAAUGCCUUUACCAAAGUGGCCUUAAAAUAUGAGUAGUGAAUUGAGAACAUCUUGAAUUCUUAAAUUAGAGUUUCAGAAGACUUCUAGUGACUAACUUUUAUGUCUAAAAGAAAAAAUUUUAUAAAAAAGGCCAUGUAGAAAAUUUAUUAAAACUACUAUGACUGCUAUAUUCAGGAAUAUGUCAGUGGUAAAGCAUUUAAAUGUAGCUUGUCAGAUUCACCGUAAUCCUUCUAAUUUCUUUGCAACUUCUUAAUUUUGUGAAAAUUUGUAUAUAUGAAGAAUUUGCAUGUAUGUGUAUUUACAAAUUUUUUUAAGUAUCUUGAAUUCUCAGACUGCAGAAGUCCUAUUUUAACUAUUGAUUUUUAAACAAAAAUAUUGUCUUUGAAUGUAUUGGAAGCAGACAUGCAUUAACUGUGACAUGAUUGCACCUCAGUUUUUUUUUUUCUUCCCCUUUGUUUGGACAAACUGAUAUUAUUAAAAUAGGACAUUUAUUUAUGUUCAUUUCUGGGGGAAACAAACUGGAACCCAGUGUUACCUUAAAGCUAUAGAAUACUUUGUUUAAAAAGGCAAUGAUACUAAUGUUUAGUUUUAUCUUUUUGUUAAUAGAUGAACUUGUUUAAAAUAUUUAUGUACAGUAAUGCCUCAUUCAUCAAGAUGUAAUCUAGCGGUCUCAUCAGUACAGAACACAACUGAGAAACUUGGAAUAAUUCUUUUUUAAAUGCCUUUGAGCAACCCACAUAAGUCACAAGGUCUCUAUAUGUUUGUUUUUAUGUGAAAUUUUGAUUAUUGGAUUUCCCAGCCCUAGCAUAUUAGCAGUUCAGAAGUGACGGUUUGGAAGGAGAUAGAAAAACCAUGAAAACCUGUCAACCAUUUAGUGUAAGGACAGCCAGGCCAGCCUAGAGGACAUCACUGUAUUAGAUCAUGUUCUGAUAAUAGUCUGGUACUAUGACUCUGUGUCAUCAAGAAAAGGUAAAAUUACAUAUACAAAUGUAAUACGUGUUUGGAAAGUUUUAUCUUAAAAUGAUUAAACAUUAUUUUAAAGUUUUGGUAUUAAAAGAAGUGAACAUCAGUUUCUUCAAACAUUUUAUUUGUGUUGAAUACCUUUUCCAGUGGUGACUACAUGAGUUUUUACACAAUCUUAAAGUCUGUGUAGUGUUCCAGACUUGGUAAAGCCUUGCUGUCCCAUUGCAUCUCCAGCUCAGUGUGUGGCUUAUCUUAACUAUUUUGAUGAGCAAGAAGACUGGGAAAUCUCUGCCCCUUUUUGAACAUUAUGCCUCUUCUCUUAAUAUUGAAUGAAUGCUGCAGAGGUCUAGAUGUGUGGGUUGAAAUACUACAGUUUGGGGGUCUCUCUCCAGCCCUUUUUUCAUGGAGGGAAUGCUUAAGAAAUGUCUUUGAAUUUCUGUGUUUUAGAUUGUACAAUUCAUAUGUACAAAGUUAUACUAUAUAAUUGUAGGCCAUUACCCAAAUAACCUACCAGGCUUUCCAUCUAAGAAAUAAGUAAAUUAAACAGUUGUUAUUAAAAUAA